UGCUGGAUCUUUCAAGAGAAGAGUCAACCCUAGAAAGAAUUUUCUACAAGCAGAAAGAAGAUGGGAAAUCUUCUGAUGCUGCUUUUGCUUACUCUGGUGUUCACAGCCCCCUGCUGUUGUGAAGGAGAUACAAACAGGCCCUUGGAUGAAGGAAUUAAGAUAAAUAAGAAAACAGCCGAAGCCUUUGUGAGGAGGCAGAAGAGAUCCUAUCCAUAUUAUGAAAGGUACUACGAAACGUUUAAGUCCCCAAUGGAGAUGAAGCAUGAGCAGUGUGAAAACUACGCACCUUGUGACUACUACUCUGAAAUAAUAGGAUUUCAAGCGGCAUAUUCCCUUGUCUUUGGAAGAACCUGAAGGUGGACAUUUCAUGUUCUCAUCUGGAUAGAAUCUCUACACGGAGCCAUUGGAAGGGAGAGCAAAUAAAAGGGGAAACAACAUUGGUUUAACAUUACUGGUACAAGUCCAGCUGUAAUUACUUAUGCAGACUGUCUACUUUCCAUUCAGAAAAUAAGAAGUAAAGCACUUAUUCUUCA